UGAGUCUCACCAUGGCCCUGACGAUGCGCUCCUCCUCCCGCUCCCUGCGCUCCUCCUCCGGGGGCCUCGGCUCCGGGAUGCUCCGCUCCGGCUCCGUCUACGGCGGCGCCGGAGGAUUCGGGACCCGCAUCUCCUCCUCCGUGAGCGGCGGCUCCGCGUCCGCCGCGGCGUUCAGCUUCACCGCGGGAGGCAUGGAAGACAGUCUCAUCGGGAACGAGAAGUUCACGAUGCAGAAUCUGAACGAUCGUCUGGCCGCGUAUCUCGCCAAAGUUUCCGCUCUGGAAAAAAACAACGCGGACCUCGAGCUGAAGAUCCGACAGUUUCUGGAGAGUCGCGUGGGCCCGUCCACGAGGGACUACAGCGCGCACUACGUCACCAUCAGUGACGUCACCGCCAAGAUCCAGGACGCCAUCCGUGUGAACGGCGCCGUGCACCUGUCCAUCGAUAACGCUCGCCUCGCCGCCGACGACUUCAAGAUGAAGUACGAGAACGAGUUGUCCAUGCGUCAGUCUGUGGAGGCCGACAUCGCGGGGCUGAAGAAGGUUCUGGACGAGUUGACCCUGGCGCGUUCUGACCUGGAGAUGCAGAUCGAAGGUCUGAGGGAGGAGCUCAUCUUCCUCAAGAAGAACCACGAGGAGGAGCUUCUGGCCCUCAGGUCUCAGAUGAGCGGUCAGGUCCACGUGGAGGUGGACGCCGCUCCUCAACAGGACCUCACCAAAAUCAUGGCCGACAUCCGCGAGCACUACGAGACCGUCACCGCCAAGAACCAGAGGGAGCUGGAGGGAUGGUUCCACGCCAAGACGGAGGUGCUGAAUAAAGAGGUGGUGACGCAGACGGAGUCGCUCCAAACGUCUCGAUCUGAGGUGACGGAAACCAAACGCACCCUGCAGAGUCUGGAGAUCGAACUGCAGUCCAUGAUCAGCAUGAAAUCGUCUCUGGAGAUGACGUUGGCCGAAACUCAGAACCGCUACGCCAUGAAACUCAACGGGUACCAGAACCAGGUGGUGGCGUUGGAGGAGCAGUUGGUGCAGCUCAGAGCAGAUCUGGAGCGACAGGGGCAGGAGUACAGCAUGCUCCUGGACAUCAAGACCCGCCUGGAGCUGGAGAUCGCCGAGUACAGGAGACUCCUGGAGGGAGAGAGUUUGUCCUCCACCACCACCACCACCACAAAGACGCGCGUGGUCACCGUCGUGGAGGAAGUGGUUGACGGACACAUCGUGAGCAGCUCCACCAGCGCCACCACGUCCACCUAAAUCCCGCCCCCCCGGCACCCGGCGGCCAAUCAGAGGACGGCCAAUCAGAGGACAGCGUCACGUGCAGCGGCCAAUCACGCGGCAGCUUUGUUUGUCACAUGACAGUCACAGAGUAAAAAAUAAAAGUAA